UCAAGGUGGAUUUUGUAUUCUGGGUAAAAUACCAACUCCUUGGACUUUAGUGACAGCAAUAUUUGCUUUUCUCUUUGUGAAUGUUUUCCUUCUAUCUUAAAUUAGCCGAUCUUGUGUAACAUUUAACAUUGACAAUGAGAGUGAAAUCGUGAACACAGUGUAUGAUUUACAAGGGAUGGAAGAUCUACAUUAAAUGGGUGCUGCCAGACAAGUUUGAAGAGGAAAAGCAGAUUUUAUUUUGAGAAAAUGAUUCGACAUUUGCCAAAUGAAGUUCAAGGAAGGCUGCGGACUGGUGUGGCACUGACUGGAUUAGCACAGUGUGUGGAAGAGUUGGCAUUGAAUGCAGUAGAUGCUGGUACCACCUGCGUGGCAGUGCGGGUAGAUUUGCAGAGUCUUACCGUACAAGUAGUUGAUAAUGGUGUCGGCAUAUCUCUAGAACAACUUCCCUUUGUUGCAGAAAGGUACAUGACAAGCAAAUGUCACACUGUAAAAGACCUGGACAAUCUCAAGUACUUUGGUUACCGCGGUGAAGCCUUAGCCAGCUUACGCUGUGUAGCCUCUGUCGUGGAGAUUAUUACACGGUCCAAACAUUCUACUACUACAUAUAGUCGAUGUUUCCAUAAAGGGAAAGCACUCCCAAUAUGCGAAGCAGCAACACCUCGACCUGGUGCAGGCACAACUGUAACUGCACGAGAUAUAUUUUACAAUCUUCCUGUGAGAAAGAAGAAACUGAAUGAGGGUUUGGAACUGGAAAAAAUUCGCUUUCGUUUGGCUGGCAUUGCUCUCAUCUGGCCACAGAUUAGCUUCAGUUUGAGGGAUGAUGUGACUGGAAAUAUAAUUCUUCAAACACAUAAAAGCAGUGGAGUGAUGUCAACCUUCUCAUCUUUGUUCGGAGGAGCUCGGGCAAAAAGCAUGCGAGAGGUCAAGGCUGAAAGUGAAACAUUUAAAGUCUCUGGUUAUAUCAGCCGAGAAUCCUAUAGCCGUAAAGAUCUGCAGUUUGUAUUUGUCAACAAGAGAUUAGUUCUAAAGACUAAAAUUCACAAAGUGCUGGAUGCAGUUUUAGGAAAAGGUUCAUUGGUUAGGCAGCGGAUGUAUUUAUCUGAAAAAGCUGACAUAAGUGCUACUCAGAAGCAGACAGAAGAAGAAGAUGCAGGUACUUCUGUAGAGACAGGUAGCCCAACCAAACUGUUUGAGCGCUACGCAGUGUACAUUAUUAGCAUUGAAUGCCCAUUUAAUGCUUAUGACAUCACUUUUGACCCAGGUAAGACCCUGGUUGAAUUCCAUGACUGGUCAGAGUUGACUAAGCUGGUUGAUGACAUGGUGGUGCAUUUCUUGAAAGACGAAAAUCUUUUGACUGCCAGUGAACCUCUUCAGACAAGGUCCCUUGUGAUCGCAAAGAAUUUACAGACUUUGUUGUCAGGUACUUCUGAGCCCAUCCCAGAAAGCGAGGAUCCUUUUGAAGGCAACAAUGAAAAAUAUGAUGAACAGAUGCUUGUUGACCAGCAGAAAAGACGAUAUGCACAAGGCAUUUCCACCUACAACAAUUACAACAGCCUCUUUUCCCACACUGUACGACGACCCAGAGAGCUGCAGCUCAAGGUAAACUGCACAGAGUCUGGUCCCAGCAUGGCAAAAAAAUCAAAAAAAGUUAGCACAGGUGACUUGCAAAGUUCUGGCAUUACACUCUAUGAUGUAACAACUGAACAAAAUUCUGCCUCUUAUGUACAGGUAUCAGACUUAGAUUCCCAGUGUCAGGUGAUGAGAAAAAAUAUGCCAGAUGUGCCAGUUACAGGUGAAAGGGAUGAUAAUGAGGAGGCUAUCUAUACUAAAUCCCCUGUUAAAAUUAAGCAGAUCUCUAAGGCAUCAGAGACAGGAACAAAUGGGGGUAAUGAAGUUGGGGAAAUAAAGCUACACAAAUUUCGGUACAGCAGAAAUCUCCCACUACAGCAUUUUAAAAGGAAAGAGUCUACAGAACUAAUGAAUUCAAAUCAUACUGUGGCUGAGAUAAGACUACCUGAAAGCUUCUCAAAUUUUUCUUCUCUCUAUCAUCUCCGGUCAAGACCAGUUAAGGAAGUUGGAGCCACACGUGCCUUGUUUGUAGGGACAGAUAUGCUGUCCAAGACCAAUGAUAACAAUGACCUUGCCAGAUUCCACGAUGCUGCAGCUCAUACAGCCUCAGUUUUUGAUGUUGGAAGGUAUAUGUAUGACAAAACAGAUACAAAUGCCUUGCCAUGUUUGAAACGAGCAGUGCUUUGGAGAAGUAAAUCUAUGGAUGCUGGAUGUUUUCAAGAAAAGAAUACAACUAAAAGGCAUAAUCUUGCAUGUGUAUGUCCCCCUUGUGGCAGACAUGCUCACGUGAUGACAUAAGAGUAAGGUAUACUGCUACACAUU